AUGGCCGACACCGCUGAGACAAAGCGCGAAAAACUCCCCAUCACCGUCGCAAAGGAAAACCCGUACACCUUCGACCUUGGCCACCUGAUGGUCCAAGAUCCCAAUCCACUCGUGAUAUCACAGUCGGAGAAUACCAACGAUGCGCUGAAAGCGGUGGCGCGGGACGGUGCUCAAGUGCUCAUCAAUCAACUUCUCACAACAUGUCAAAUUACUUCAGACGCCAAAGCAGGAGUCCUUCUCUCUCUUCCUCCUCAUCACACUCUGCUGCCUCGAUUCAAGCCACUGCCCAAACCAAAGGAACCUACCAAAUGGGACUUGUUCGCCAGGAAGAAAGGAAUCGGCAAGUACAGCAGCAAACCCGGUGCCCACCUGGCCGAAAAGGAGCGACGCAAGAACCUCGUUUACGACGAUGCAUCUGGUGAAUGGAUCCCGAAAUGGGGCUACAAGGGCGCCAACAAGUCUGGCGAGAAUGACUGGCUGGUGGAGGUUCCGGAUAAAAAUUGGAAGAACGAGGCAGAGGGCGAGAAUGUUCGCACUGCUGGUCGCCGCGAACGCAAAGACCGCAUUAAGCGGAAUGAUAGGAAAAUGAGGGCCAACGAGCGCAGAAGCCGGAAGUCUGGUGGAUAA